AAGAAUCAGAUUCUUGUCUUCAAUUGGGUUUUCGAGGUAGUCAAUUUCAUUAGUUUUUGUGUUGAAAGGUGUCUGCUUUUUGUGAAGGAGUGCUUGUUUUGGAUGCAAUGUCUUAUAUCAGAUCCUAAAGCAAUGUGCUUUGGUUCAGUUUUGAUGUUUGGUCAUCGAAUUUGAGAGACCCAUUUGGUUGAUUUGAGUUUUUCUUGAAUAACUUUUACCCUGUACUUAUUGAAGAUGUGAUCUUUUGAUUUUGUUGUUAUAAUAAAAUUUCGAUUUUUUGUGGGAAUCAGAGUUUCUUGUUUCUGUGAUUGGUAGUGUAGUUAUAGUGUUAGCAUACUAUGUGUAUAACCCCAUUGUGUUUCAAGAUAGAAGCUAAUUUUGUGAGAUUUUGAGAAACUUUUCUGAUCACACAUUAGGGACAAUUGAGCUGUCUAGAGCUGGAAACCAUUAAAGAUUCUUCAUUUUCGAUCCGAACUACGAUCCGAGGCGCGUAAUGGAGUGAUGGGCAGGUGUUGUACAAGAUGUCCCCAAGAACUGCCCAAAUCCACCUUGUCAGCUCACAUCAAGAGGUUUAUGAACCGUGUGAUGAUUCUUUUGCUUUAGUAGAUGCUCUUUUGGCUGAUCAAGCAAACUUGUUACAGCAUCAACCGAAAUUGUGCAUGGAAUUGGGCUGUGGUAGUGGCUAUGUUAUUACUUCUCUAGCUCUUAUUCUCGGAAAGGAGGGGCACUAUAUUGCAACUGAUAUCAAUCCCCAUGCAGUGAGAGUGACUCAGGAAACUAUGGAAGCACAUGGGGUUCAUGCAGAAUUGAUAAACACUAACAUUGCAUCAGGACUUGAUAAGCGUCUGGCAGGAUUAGUUGAUGUAAUAGUUGUCAACCCACCUUAUGUGCCUACCCCUGAAGAUGAAGUGGGUCGUGAAGGGAUUGCAUCUGCUUGGGCUGGUGGAGAGAACGGUCGUGCUGUGAUUGAUAAGAUACUACCUGUUGCCGACAGUCUUUUGUCAGAGAAAGGCUGGUUGUAUAUGGUCACGCUUUCAGAAAACAAUCCUUCAGAAAUAUGCCUCCAAAUGAGAGAGAAGGGCUAUGCUUCCAAAAUCCUUGUCCAGAGAUUGACAGAAGAAGAGAAUCUCCAGAUCAUCAAGUUUUGGCGGGAUGUUGAUCCUCAAUUAGAAGCAAAGGAUGUGGCAACAAUCAAAACAGUUCCAUCAAGGGUCAUGGAGUCUUUGCGCUCACAAAUUCCUAGAAUGCCGUUUCUGGGAGGCAAUAACAGCAACAAGAGCUGAGGAGUAGACAAGGUAACACAAAAGGUUUUCCUAGUGUUACAUCAUGAAUUUUGGUACAUCAUCAUGAAUUUUGGUACCUCUUCCCUGAUCUGUAGAAAGUUGUAAAAUUGUCUGCUCAUGUGAGAUCUCAGAAGAUGUAUUAGAUAUGCAACUUGCUUGGUAUAUUCAGUAGGAGCUAAGGUCCCUAUUGUUCUUUUGUUAAAUAUAUCGAUUAGAAUCUUUUCUGUGAAUAUUUUAUGG